AUGCGGCUCUCCCCUCCCCCGGGGUCGGAGCGAGGUACGGGUGUGGCGGACGAGCACAUGGUCCCCUUCUCCGUUGCCACGGCACUGCCGGCGUUUAUCCCGAAAAAGACGGGGGGAAUGAGACCCAUCCUCGACCUGUCAGCGUUCAACGAGGCAAUAAUGAAAAGGCCGUUUCACAUGCUGACGGUCAAAAGGGUGCUAGAGUGUGUUCACCAGGGAGACUGGUUCAUCUCUAUAGACCUAAAGGAUGCAUACUUCCACGUACCCAUCAUCCCACAACACAGGAAAUUCCUGCGGUUUUCAUUCCAGGGAAUAUCGUACCAGUACAACCGUCUGCCGUUCGGUUAUUCCCUGGCUCCUCGCACCUUUUCAAAGUGUGUAGAGACGGCAUUGCAGCCGCUACACAGAGGAGGGAUGAGAGUACUGUUUUACCUGGACGACCUGCUGCUGAUGGCUCGCUCCAGGGAGGAAGUGGCUUUACAGACGGUACAGCUCAUAUCGCAUCUGUCAAAGCUGGGUUUCAUGAUAAACUGGAAAAAGAGCUGUCCUCUUCCCUCCCAGAGUAUUGUUUACCUGGGUGUGGAAUUGAACUCAGCCCGCAUGAGAGCGCGACUCUCACGGCAGAGAGUGGAGACGCUGACAGCUCUCCUUCGACGCGUCACACCCCGCAGCGUGGUUACAGCCCUCUCCGUGAUGCGGCUGCUCGGCAUGAUGGCAGCCGACCACGGGGUGAUUCCCCUGGGUCUCCUUCACAUGAGAAGACUCCAGAGGUGGUUUAUUCGCCUACGCAUCGACCCCGUGCGACAGAGGAGGCGCAUGGUGGUCAUCCCUCUGUCCGUGGGUUCAGACUUAACCUAUUGGAAAAGUCCCCACGUCCUGUCAGAGGGUGUGGCCCUGGGCAGAGUUACAUCACACAUCUCGGUGUUCACAGACGCAUCUCUCUCAGGGUGGGGAGGAACGUGCAUUGGGGCAGUGAGGGGACAGUGGCCGACUCACAUGUCCUUCCACAUAAACGUGCUGGAAUUGAUCUCCGUACGGAGAGUAAUUCAGCAUUUUGCCUCGCUGCUGCAGAAUCAACAUGUAUUGAUUCGCACAGACAACAGGGCAGCCUACAUCAAUCGCCAGGGCGGGGUACGCUCAGCGCAGCUUCUGAACACAGCCAGACGGCUGUUGAUCUGGGCGCGCGCGCACCUACUCUCCAUCAGAGCACUUUAUGUGCCCGGCGAGUUGAACAAAGGGGCAGACCUCAUGUCCAGAGGAGGUCCUCGCCAGGAGGACUGGAGCCUACAUCCCGAGCUGAUCGCCCAGGUUUGGAGCCAGUUCGGGAGGGCGGAGGCGGAUCUGUUCGCCGCAGGCGGGAACACGCAAUGCGCCCUCUGAUUCUCCCUGUCAGCGCGGGACCUCCCCCUCCUGGGGGUGGAUGCAUUCGCACAUCGUCCAUGGCCCAGGGGACUGCUGUACGCCUUCCCCCCAGUCCCGCUGAUUCCCCGGUUUCUGGACCGAGUGCAGGAGGAGCGGCUGUCAGUGAUCCUAAUUGCCCCGGAGCGCACGGGCGCUUCCUGGUUUCCAUGCCUACAGCGUACGCUGUCAGGCAGGCCGUGGGAAAUUCCGUGGCGCGGGGAUGCUCUCUCGCAGGUGGAGGGAGCGAUCUACAGUCACCCAGUGAUAGGCCAGCACUUAUGGGCAUGGCCCCGGGAACACUUAGAGAGGUUGGGUCUCUCUCAAGAUGUUGUACGCACCAUUCAGGGAGCCAGGGCCGCGUCUACCCGAGCGUCCUACACAGCCAAAGUGUUUCUCGGAGUGGCAGCGCGUGUGUCUGAUCGACAGAUGGAUNCCACCUUUGUUCCCUUCACUAAGGUGGAGGGAUUCACUGACGAGGGUUUCGCAACCACCCCCGCUCUGGAGCAGAACUUGACAGCGUUCUUUGGGGUUAAGCAGGCCAACUUGGUCGCCGGACGGCGCCCUGUGUUGGCCUCCCCCAAGGAUCAGUAUGUCGCCCGCCAGGCUGACCGGGCGCACCAGUGUGCGGUUCAGGCGUCUGCGGCGGCGAACAACAUCGCGUUGCUGGCAAACUCGGCGGUUACGCUGGAGAUGGCAGUUUGGCUGUGCUACGUCUUAACCCAGCCUUUAUGCNUGGCGGCCGAGCACGCGGUCCCCUUCUCCGUUGCCACGGCACUGCCGGCGUUGGGGGGCAUCAUGCUGGAGCUGCCGGAGAUCAUCGGCAAGGCGGCAGCCUGCAAGGGUCUCCUCGUUCCCCUAGGACGGGAAAAGGUAGCUCUGGAUGACAUGGCCGGAGUUUUUUCCCGGGUUCAGACGGGCAGGAGUGACCCGAUCUGGCCGCGCCAGAUGAUAUCCGCCAGCACGUUGGCUGGCUCCAGCCUGCGGCGAAGCCGCAGCGGCACCAGCGGCAGCAGCAGCAGCGGCCAACCCGGCCACAGCGGCAGGCAGAGAGACAGCCGAGGCGGCAGACUCGCCCGUCGGCGGCGGCAGGGGCACCGUCCCGAGCCUCCGCCCCCCCACCAGAAAAGAAAAAAGAAAAGUACUCCCGUUCGUCGUCUGCUCCACGAGAGCCGCCGAGGAAGCAGAGCCGGCCCUGACGGUUUGGGGGGGAGUGUGAAGGAAAUAAAAGAAGCUUAA